AUGCAAUCCCUAUCCCGACUACGAAUAAGCCCGACCGCCCUUGCGCAAGUCCGAUGGAGAUGCGACGCCCAUCGCCCGUUCUCAAGCAACACCGUCCGGUUUGCGACAACGUCUUCAGCAAUAUCCCGAAAGCUAGAUCUGUUGGCCAUUGACAAGAAAUGGCAAGCGAAGUGGCAAGCGGACGGGCCGCGAUCGUUUCCCAAUGGCGGCGCACAGAAGGAAAGGCGGGGUGAUAAGCCCAAGUCCUACAUCCUAUCCAUGUUCCCCUACCCUUCCGGAACCUUACACAUGGGACAUCUACGGGUGUACACGAUCUCGGAUGUGCUGGCGCGGUUCUAUCGCAUGAAAGGCCAUGAGGUGCUUCAUCCGAUGGGGUGGGAUGCGUUCGGGCUACCGGCGGAAAAUGCGGCGAUUGAGCGAGGAAUCGAUCCGGCUGAAUGGACCAAGCAGAACAUUGCGAAGAUGAAGGAACAGUUACGAAGUAUAUCGACGUCGUUUGAUUGGGAUCGAGAACUGGCUACUUGCUCUCCCGAAUUCUACGAACACACGCAACGGAUAUUUCUGAUGCUGCAUAAGAAAGGUCUUGCCUAUCAGGCAGAGGCGGUCGUCAACUAUGACCCGGUGGAUAAGACGGUGCUUGCGAACGAGCAGGUGGAUGCCAAUGGCUUCUCCUGGCGCUCCGGAGCGAAGGUCGAAAAGUUAAAGUUGAAACAAUGGUUUUUCCGCAUUACAGAUUUCAAAGAAAUGCUCUUGAAUGACUUGGAUUCGCUGGCGGGGGGCUGGCCCGAGCGUGUAUUGGCCAUGCAGCGCAAUUGGCUGGGUAAAUCAUAUGGUGCGAAGGUCAAGUUUCCUGUCACCGUUGACGGGGGCUAUGAUGAGAACCUGCAUGUUAGUGUGUUUACUACGCGACCGGACACCUUGUACGGAGUGGAGUAUAUUGCCCUCUCCUUGGACCACCCGAUUGUCCUCAAGGCUGCUGAGGAGGAUGCGGCCUUGCGAAAAUUUCUUGAUGAAGCCGCUUCGCUUCCGUCCGACUCCAAGGCUGGCUAUAAGCUAUCAAGUGCCACUGCUUCGAAUCCACUGUACAUCAUCGAUAAAGAAAGCCCUCACAUUGCGCGGAAGUUGCCCAUAUUCGUGGCUCCAUACGUUCUGAGUGACUACGGGGAGGGAGCCGUAAUGGGUGUCCCGGGCCAUGACUCAAGAGACCUGGCGUUCUUUAAGGAGAAUAUGAAUCCCGAAUCGAUACCGGUUGUCAUCGAAUCUGAACAUUCAGCUGAAACAAAUGCCGACAACAGCGACAGCCUUGUCCCUGCGGGUGAGCUGAAAGCCUUCACACAAGAGGGCGUUCUUACCUCGAGAUGCUGGAAAUAUCAAGGCCUUCAUUCUCGUGAGGCCAAGAAGCAAAUCGUCGACGACCUCAAUGGCAUCGGCCACGGUGAACCUGUUGAGCAAUGGAGACUGAGGGAUUGGCUCAUUAGUCGACAGCGCUACUGGGGAGCUCCGAUCCCCAUUAUUCAUUGCAAGAGCUGUGGCCCGGUACCUGUGCCGGACGAACAGCUUCCAGUCCAGCUACCUAAGAUUGAGGGUGACUGGCUCAAAGGCAAGAAGGGCAAUCCACUUGAGUCGUCUCAGGAAUGGGUUAACACAACCUGCCCGAGCUGCAAUGGGCCUGCGAAGCGGGAUACGGACACCAUGGAUACUUUUGUCGAUUCGUCUUGGUACUAUCUCCGCUUCUUGGACUCGCAAAACAAGGAACAGCCAUUUUCCCCUUCGACAAUCCGACCAGUUGAUAUCUAUAUCGGUGGUGUUGAGCAUGCCAUUCUGCACCUGCUCUAUGCUCGAUUCAUCUACAAAUUCCUCGCGCAGUCCGAACUAUUCCCGGAGAUCGCUCGGACAGGAGACCUUCCAGGCCCUUCAGAACCCUUCAGAACUCUUAUGUCCCAAGGGAUGGUCCACGGAAGAACGUACAGUGACCCAUCUACUGGGCGGUUCCUACUCCCAUCGGAAGUUGAUCUCUCAAACCCCAAUCAACCACUCAUCACGGGAACGCAAGUGACCCCUAAUAUUUCAUUUGAGAAAAUGUCCAAGAGCAAGCACAAUGGCGUGGAUCCCACGUCAUGUGCGCUCAAAUAUGGCGCUGAUGCCACUCGGGCGCAUGUCCUCUUCUCCGCUCCUGUCAGUGAGGUGUUGGAGUGGGACGACAGCAAAAUUGUGGGCAUUGAGCGUUGGUUCGGUCGGCUGUGGAAGCUGGUGGUUGAUGCGAAGCAGAGCCUGGGAGCAUCAUCUUUUACGGUCUCCCAGGCCGAUGUGGAAGCAUCCUCCGGGCACGCGACAACACUCCCCGCCCUCUUGCAAGGUAUUAGUGAUAGUGACGCCGAUAGCGUCCUGCACACACAUCAGACCGUCUCGUCCGUGACCAACUGUAUUGAGAAGAACCCCUACGGCCUCAAUACCGUCAUCUCCGACCUGAUCAAGCUAACCAACACGUUAACAUCGUCGACCCCUACUUCGCCGCAAGUCCUGUAUCUUUGUGUGUCCUCGCUGAUCCGGCUAUUGGCACCUGUAGCCCCGGCUCUGGCCUCUGAAUGCUGGGAAGUCCUCCACGGGCCGAUUAUCCGCGAGAACUCGAGCACAAAACCCACCGAUGAAGCUAUUGUGCCGCCCAUUUUCGACUGUCCUUGGCCCUCUCCACCGUUGACUGACGAACAGGUCAAUGUGCUCUCUGCACGCGGCGGCCAAACUGUAGCCGUUCAGAUCAAUGGCAAAUUACGCUUUUCCGUGACUAUUCCGCGGCGGUUAUCACCAACGACGCCUGCUGAAUCCGGCGAUCAGCCGGGUGGCGCCACCCAGGAACAAGAUUGGAUCAUUAGCCGUGUUCUGGAGACCGAUGAGGGACGCGUGUGGCUUCGGGAAAAGAACGACUGGGAGAAACGGAGACGGGUUGUGGUCGUUAAGGGGGGCAAACUGGUCAACAUUGUCUUUUAA